CCAAAUAUCACACAAUGGUGGAUAACAGCGAGGAGGACUAAGUAACUGAGUGCACCAUGUACAUAGUGUUCCUUGAUGCUGGCUUACCAUUGUGUCUCAGUCUCAGUCAAACUGGUCGGUGAGUCUAAAUUUAGCCCUCUACCAGGCCAGCUUGUUGAAAAAUUGAUCGAUAGUGAAGUCGCUGCUAUAGUAACAGUCGCAGUUUUAAUGGUGGUCAGGUGUCAUCGGAUCCCCAGCCAAGCAGAUAGUGAAGGAGAGAGCAGGCUGCAGCCACAUGGAAAAACGGAGCUGCCUAUAAAGGCACUGAAAUGUCCAGGGGCGGUAAUAGAACAGAUAAGGUAAGGCUUCUCGAAGCCGGAGUAACUGUGUGUGUUUAAUGAGGACGAAAUGAGACAGGACAAGACAUGUGGAGAUGCAUCAACACAUUGUUGGCAUAGCCAUGUCAUCAUUGCAGAGACAAUCUACUGUGUGUGUGUGUGUGUGUGCUUCUUAUCUGCAGGCCGAUGACAAGGUGGAGCAGUGUGGCCGGGGCAGCUGGUGGCUGGGAACACUGAAAGUAGGUGUCACACUGCAGGAUGGGUUCAUGAUCUGUAUACACCAGCUUCUGUGCAGAGACACACAUAGUCCUAAAGAAGAGAGAACAACAUGAGUAGACAAAGUCAAACUUCCAUCAAUGGAUUACACUUCUAUUGUCUGUCUGUCUGGAAUAAAUUCAAACCCUGACACAGCCUUGAGUCCAACCCCUGUGUGCCUGACAGUGCAUGCUGGGUAAUAAUGCAAAGACCUAAUUAAUUAUCAGGUUAUCUUAAUGUGAUCCCAGCCUUUAUGCUCCAUUGUUAACCAGCUGCUGUCUUCUUUUCAUGAAUGGAUCAUGUACAGCUGACAAUAGGCGAGGUGGCUUGACAAUUAGUCUUUGUGUAUGAACAGCGAGCAUGGCUUUGAAUGCAAAGGAGAGCUUACAGAGACAGGCGUUUGAAAUAGGGGCUCUGGUUCCAGGCUGUUUAGGCCUGGAGUAAAAGACAUCUUCUGGAUAUGUCCAGAUAUAAUUAUACACUAAAAUAAGGAAAGGAAAAAAAACAUUUGUAUCUGGGCUUAUGGAAUAAUUGAAUUUCAUGCUGUGACUAUACAUAUAUACAUUAUUUAUAUUUAUAUAUUUACCGUGCUCUAGCAGUGUGCAACAGUAGACAUGCUACCAAUAACAUGCAAACAUCCCACUGAGCAUUUUUUAUUCUAAAAGAGGUCUUAUAGACAUCUAAAUGUAGCCUAGACAACUCGUCUAAAAUCAGGCUACCACAGGUCUAAAAAUGAACAUUUUUUAGACGUCUAAAUUUACACCAAGUUUAGACUAAGUCUAAAGUCUAAAUCUGGGCUACAUCUAUACUACACUGUAUAUUGCACAACGGCUAUCAUAAUUAUUUUGGUUAAGUACCUAAAGACCAGUUAUGCAACUCAAAGUUGAUUUUUGAAAUAAAUAGUUAUUGAAUAAUGGGUUAAAGUGCAACGUCUAAAUUCUGUCAAAAAACAUACAGAAUCUAGACGGUUGAAAUUAGGUCUAAAAAAAAAAACUAGACGUCUAAUAGCUGUGCAUUGCUCAGUGGGAUAAACCUUUCUCAGAUGGGUUAAGCACUGAUAUUGUCCCAAAAUGGCUCUGCUAAGACACUAAAACAGCAUUAUGAAAAAAUACUUAAAGAUCUUUACAAGUUUUGAUGAUCCUCAACCAAACUUGGGCUGAAAAAGUGUCUGUUUAUCUCUAAUAUUCACCUCCAUGCACUGCAAAUAGAGCUUAAAGACUUGAAUGGUGUUUGAGUGCCAUUUUCAAAAUAUGCCAUCAAUCACACAACUUUUAAACCACCCCUAGCAUUGUCUUCCGGUUUAUACUCUUAGAAAAGAGCUUUAUUCUAACCCCCUAUGGAAAAACACGUACUGCUGUGUCUGUGCCCAUAUAAGAUGAUAAUACUGAAGAGAUAAUGUAUUGGUUAGGCUCAGCGAAGAACCAACUCAUCAAACUGCUCUUCUCUCACCUCCUCCCAGGACACACCAAACCCAGGUCUCUAUCACAUCCGGGAUUUCAUUGAAGAAGCUGAACUAAACCCUGUGAAGAAGACCUAUGGGUUCAAGGGUGUGGGGAGGAAAUCCCAAACUAUGGGGGUACGUAAGGGGGACCUGCUUCUACCAGGAGCAUAUGACUGCACUGACUCCAUCCAGGAACUUCUGAUGCGCCAGGCUUCCUACUCCUUUAAAAACUGUCCACGACCUGACGUUAUCACCUUGGGUAUCAGGGACAAGGUAGGGUUCAAACAUGAGCAUACCUUACCUUGCUGAUAAAAUGCAUCUGACCCAGACAGUGUGAAUAAAAUACCAUCUAAUCAGUGAUCUGGCCAUAUUUAAUAGGAACACAGAGGUGGAUAUCUGUGAGGAUUUAACUGACUAAAAAUACCAAGGAACUUGAAACUUGUUCAGGUUCCCGUUUCCUUUAUCCUUCUUAUCAAGUAUAAGAAAGGACUUGUAUUCAAAGCAUGCCUGUGUGGGAAUGCCUAUCCCUAAUAGAGCAUGCAAGACAGCAUGCAAAUGAUUAAGAUUUUUAAAUGUUUUAAAACAGAUUUGCCAAUGGUUUUUGAGGAAGAAGAUUCAUUCACAACAAUUGUUGGUAGGAUGCAAGUGGCUAUGAAUACAUACAAAACUCAAUAUGCAGAGAGAACUCCCAGGGGUUGAAGUAAAGAACUGGAGGAACUAUAGGUGACUACAUGGGGGUUAGCACCAUUUUGAGGGGUGUCCGAAAUCUCAGUGAUCAAUUCCAGUGCCCUAUAUAGGCAACUCAAAAUUUCCCAUAGAGCAUUGCAAAAUGUAGUGACCAUCCGAUGGUCACUCACCGGUGGUGGGCAUCCCGUCAUGCAUUGCGUGAUUCCAUGUAGUGUCCAAAACCUCCGGUAACUGAGUUCAAUACAUAGUCAACUAAAUAGUAAAAUCCCACAUGGGGGUUAGGGGUUAGGGAUUGAGUGAUUCAUUUCGGACACAGCCAUUAAAAAACUCGAGCAUGAACACUCAAAUUUCUAAAUCAUACAAGUUCUCAAAAAUGUUUCUUUACUCAUUUGGUUUGAAAUGUGAACAAAGUCAUUUGUAGCAGGCCUGUUACCCCUACAGCAGCUACGUCUUGGUAAACAAAAAGCAGCCCAAUAGUGAAGGGAGCUGAAGACACUUCUGGGCUGUCUGGCAGGCCAGAACUUAAAACAGAUUUUGGUCCUACCUCGUGACAACUUCUAACAACAUGACAUGUUCUCACAUUACCUCUACUAGCUAACCUGUAUAAUCAAGUAAGCUAGGUUGUAUCAGCAAAAAAGGGAAAAAAUAGAAUAAAAGGAAAAACUCAACUGCAGAAUAUUGAAUAAACUUUUGCAACAUUAUUUUGCACACCAGCUUACCACGAACAAGUGGUAGAUGGUCAAGUUUUGUCUGUUGUAACUUCAUCAGUUGUCUGACCUCUUUAACUCGUCUACACUGCUGUCACAAGAAGAGAUGUUAAGGUGACGCCACAGUAGGCUUCACUUACUGUUGGAACAAACAAAUUGAUCCGUUGAUUCGUCUACAUUAGCACUUUGUCAUGUUGUCUGAAGCCAAAGUAGGCUUGUUAUAUAAGAAAUUAUGAAUGGCAUUAAUAGAUUUUACUGAUAGUCUUUAAUACACGGUUGAUUUUUUCAAGUAUACAUAAAUGUGUCUUUUUUAAACCGGCUGUGGCUUUUCAGCUCUCUGCCUUCGAGCAAAUGCACCUGCAGCAGACUUCCUUGAAGCUGAAGAUGUAACACUGAAAAAAAAAUGGGCUGCUCAUAGUGAUACUGACAUUUUUUAAACCUUUCUUUGAUUUUCCCCUGCGCCAGCAUAUAAACACUUCACCCUGCGACUACAAUGUGACUGAAAAACCAGUGGAGAAGACUCCCUGCAAGUAAGAGCUCGACAAACAGCCUCUCUUUAACUCUCACAGCUGAGCAGACAAACUAUGAAUCAUCUCUUCAUCGCUGAAUCCUUCCUCCUCCUCCUCCUCUCCUCUCAGCACAAAGAUGGAGGAGCAAUCAGCACCCUGCACAUCAUUGUCUCUUGUUCUGAUCACGCUCUGCCUUAUUCUUUUCUUCUCUCACUCUUCCUCUUUUCUUUGACAGCUAACCCCCCUCUCUCCUCUCCUCUCCUCUCCUCUUCUUGCAGGCAUGUGAUGUUUCGCUCCACCGUGCAGAGGAUCAGCUUUCCACCUGUAAGUAUCCAGUCACCAGGACUAGUUAUUAGGAUCAUUCAGUGUUUCCAUUGCCCACAAAAAGGCUUCAUUACAAUACACUUUCAAUGGGCUUUGGUUACAAGCUGUGCUCUGAUGUGUGCCUGGUAUGUGCUGUACAGGAGCUAGUUAUGACAACCACAGGGACUGAAGAAAACUGAUCCCACAGGAUGUCUGAUUGUAUCAUCUGAGGGCCCGUUAUGGCCCUGUGCUCGCUGACCAGCCAUCUGUGGUUCAUGUUGCAGAGUGUCGCAGCCUUCGCCCUGUGUCCGUGCUGGUAGCUGAUGGAUAUUUGAGCCGUGCUGGCAGCUGCUGAGUGUUGACAGAGAAGGAAAGGCGCUAAGAAAUCCCGAGGGUGUUAUUACUGCAGAGUUGGGAGCAGUUUUCUGCUGUUAGUGGUGUCACAGCAACUCCAAGACAAGUCUAUUGUCAAAGGUUAAGCAGCCAACAAAUCCCGCAGCAAAGUUAACUGGAAGUGCAGAUCUUUCAGACAGCUGGCCUGACAGGACAUUAGCAGAUCAUAAAUGAAGAGUCUUAAUGGUUUACAGUGAGGGCCUCUGGUCCUCCCUCAGACGCUCAGAGAGGAGUAAAAUGACACAGAUUUCUGCACAUACAAUAAAGAAACUCCAGUGAUAUGAGGAUAUUUGGGAACACAACACAAAAAGAAUCUUUUUUUCCUGAUUUGACUUAAUUUCAAUCCCCAGGCCACAGUGCGUCCCAGAUUUACAUGUUGUGCUUUUUUGCAAAAUUGUCUGCACGUGCUGCGCUGAAGGAACAAAUCCCCCCUGAGAUUCAAGCGAAUUAAAGUCAUAAUCCCACACAUUUCCAUAUGAAUACACAUCUCCCUCUAUGAGCACACAAAUGAUUCAACCUUUAACUACAGUAUGAAAACUUGCUGAUCCAAAUACCUGCUGCCACACCAGCAGCUUUGCUCUGUGGAUGCCAAAGCUGGUCAAAGCUGCAGAAAUAACUCAACUAACAUUGGAUGGAUUCCAGUGAAAUUUUGUACAGACAUUCCUGGUACUCAGAGGAUGAGAACUGCUAUUUCCAGUGAUUCUCGGCCAAUAUAUUUGAUUCAACUCACAGGUUGAUUUUAUUUUCAAAUGUUAGCAAUCGUUGAUCAACUCCACGCCAUCAAAUACAGGAUUUGUGGUUUUAGAAAAUACUGAGAGGAGUUUUAAUGGAUUUUGAAACACAUUCUUUCUAAACUGAAGGUGUGAUAAGAUUGGUUUAGUCUCUGUACUGAAUUUAGGUGCCUGUUUUGGGGUCACACUUCCUGCCAGAAAAGUCAAUCGAUCAAUGGCAUUCAGCCCAGCGGCUAUCUUUAGCUCCUCUGGUGAAGUUUGGCAUUGAAGACCAAGUUAGUGAGCAAGAAGAGGGGGGGGGUUUGUUGGAUAAUUUUACUUUUUACAUAAUGUUUUGUAUGUCUUGCAUAGCUAAUACUGGAGCAGGAUUAGUAACAAAAAAUUAUGUUUUUGGCUGAGGUAUUUCUUUUUAGACAGAGAAACUCUAUAACAGGGUUGACGCAGGAAAAGGGAGUACUUUAUUGGCCUUUAAAGACAAAAUAUCAUAUUUACAUUGUUGUGACAUUUACUGGAAUACUUGUGUAAACAGUAUGUCACAGGGGCUGUGACGGCCAACUUGACUUUACCAUGGACAGUGAUAAUGCUCAUCUUCAUCCUGUCUCUAUCCUGUAAGUAGAAUACUUCUUAUUGCAUACAAAAAGGUCAACAUCAUAAAAACUCUUUGCUUAUAGUUCAAAGUUUUGUUAAAGUUAUUUAACUUGCCUGUUCUCGGUUUAAUUGUAACUUUGGCAAAUUCAGCACAAUGAAACACAGAACAGUUUUUUUUUUGCACAAAAAGGGUAUUUUUCUUGGAAGUUUUGGAAUUUCCCAUUUAGGUCAGAUGUACUUUCCUUGUUGAGCAAAGAACAACUGUUAAUCAAGGUCUUGGAUCCAUGCAUCAAAAUUUUGAACUAGACUUUUUUAUACAAGCCUGACGCAGGUCUGUGCCUUCCUGUUUGCAUAGGGGUAGAUCGGGGGUUGUUCCAUUGUUCAGCAUUUGAGGUAGUAAAAAGGAGAAAUGGCAUUACUUGGAAUGGCAGAGUUGGCAUGAUUGAACAAAGUGUGUUUGUGUGUGUGUGAAUGUAAAGCUCACGCUGUUUGAUUACAUGUCACACUUAUUUGCUGUGAUGUUAGGUUAAAACUCACACUGGGGCACUAUUAUGAAGGCACUGCCUGGUUUGGUUGGAAGUAAAAAGACAGGUUAACAGCAGAGCUUUAUUAUGAGGCUGCUGCUGCUGAAAUCCUGGUGUUUCCAGUAUGUGACAGUUACUGUCUCCACUCAGGAGGACAUUCUGGUGUGCUGUGACACAAGAGCAAAGUAGGCCAGGUGCUACAUAUGUGAAAAUGUUUCACCUCUGUCCACCAGCUCCCAUGAAACAGACUUCCAUUAGCAACUUUGUGGAUGGUGAGAUGGGCAGCAGACCAGUCGCUGAGGAUCGAUUGAACGGGCACUGGGGCUGUCUGAGGAGUUGAGGAGUGAAAACCUCAUGGUCUCAGUCAGAAUCAGACAGCAGCUAAAAAUGAAAGACUGGUGCUGCGUUCAGGGACAGAGGGACAGUUUUAUGUCUGAGGAUGAGGAGGGUGGAGGGGGGUGAUGCUAUUUCUGCAUGACACGCCGCUGGUGGUGACCAGCUAUGUGUGUUAGUGGGUAAGAGGAAAAGAGAAGUGAAAGGCAAGGCAACAGGAGGAGGAAGUUAUUAACCCUAAACAUGAAUCACACAGUCUGAAAAAGAUGAAGCAAAACUAGUCCUUAAAACCAGGAAUCAAACCAGACCUGAUUCAGGACGCCUUGAAAACCUGGGUAUGUAACACUAAAAUAGAUCAACUAAACAGAGUCGGCGCAACCUUUAGAUAUCAGCACAGUGUAACAGCAGACUACAGUGUGUUGGUCCAGGAAGAAAAACAGUCCCUCAUUAAAUUCUUCACUUAUGUUGUACAGGAGGUCACACAGGCCUUCAGAGCUGAUAUACAGGGAGCUGCAGGUUUGUAUGCUAGAAACCUUGUUUGAAUGUGAAAGUGAAAGUGUAAUGAGCUCAGGCAACAUUGGAAAAAGGGUUAGUCGGAAGGUUUACAUACGCAGUUAAGUCAAUGGUAUGGUUAUAGCUUAGUUAGGCAAUUUAACAGGACUAACUGGACUACUGUCCUUGUCCCAGUUCACAAGUGCGAGCAAGAAUUGAAUUAUUGACAGAAACUUGUCCGUCUCUGCUUUGGUAGGUGGUGAUUGGCCCAUAAUUUUGCAUUAAAUCUUCGUAUAGAUGUGAUUUUAUUGAUUUAAAUGGACUACAUUUCACUUAUUGUGUGUUAAACAUAGUUUGAGUUGAGUCCAAUGGUUUACUCUGAAACAAACACACCUAGCUGUUAUCACUCACAUUUAUCAGUUAUUACUCACUCCUGUGUUACAUACCAUGUUUACUCUAUGACUCAUCUUCAGCUAACUACACUUCCUCUCUACAGUCUGGACUUCUUGUGUCUUUAACGUCUAUUGCCUUUUAUCCCUUCCAUUAUCUCAUAAUUGGAUGUUUGACCAUUCUCUGUAUGCAUUGAUAUGAUACAGUGUAUGUGUUGGAGUCUAUGAGUGGAGCUGCUUUUCAAGCAAUGGUGUAUUUGGUCUGCUAAUAAGAGAUAACAGACCGUCGCCAUAGAGUGCUGUUAUAUACUGACCAAUCAGACCAAUGAUCACUGCCGAGUAAUUACAUUUUUUUUUUUUUUUUUAAUCUCCGACUGUCUCAGAAAGAGGGAUCUGCUCCAUGCCAGUAUGAUCCACAGUUUAGAUCCUCAAAUGGCAUCACUUCCUGCUUCAGGUCCAGAUUACCACGGCUCCACUUUGAGGAAUCGGUGAGUCUGUGUCUUCACCACAAUUAAGCUUCACCCAUAAGGAUGCUAAGAGGUUUUCUGUCAUGUUUUGUGGAUCUGCAUGUUUACACGUGUGGGUACAUAGCUCUUAAGACUCUAAAUUUUAACUUGAUGAUUUAUGAUUGUUAGAUUCUUGUUGAGUAGAAAAAUGAGAUAGAGAAGGAGCCUGGAUAAGCUUAAUAUCCACAGUCAAAAAUUUCAAAUUGUCUUUUAUUACUGAACAUUUCUAAACAUUUAAUAGAUAACUUUUAAAAAUUGACACCAGUUUAUCUUUCAGUCAAGGUGAGGGAAAAGUAUUGAUUUAGUUUGGAUGAGAAUGACAAAAUGUCAUUUUAACUCAUUAAGAAGUUGAUUUAUUUCCUUUAUGAGACUGUUUUUAUGGGUUUAUAAUUUACGGUAAUGUACACAUUGAAAUAACAUUUUGACUCAAACUGAUAGGAUGUGUUUGCUAUUUCAAUUCUUGUUCCUUUUUCCCUGGUUAAUUUAAAUUCACAUAUUUUGAGAGCUGAAUUUUAACAUUUUGAAAUCAAAUUGACAAAUAAUGAGCCUAUGUAGCCAGGGCUACCAUAUUAACCUGGUCAUGUAUGUAAGUAACCAAUGAAAAACUUCAAAAGCCUGUUGACCCGGAGAGAGUACACGUGUGAUUGUUUUUGUUACAGUUGUGUCCUCCAUAUCUGGAUAUUUAUGGACUUCUGUUUGUAACACAAGAAACAAAGUAAUUCUAAAAUCCCACAAUGGAGUUUGUGAUGCUGAUCAUUACAAUUGUGCUGUGUGUAAUGCAACAGCAAACCUAAAUAUCUUCAAAACCAUCAGAAAAACUUCACUUGUGCACUUUUUGGUAAAAAAAAGAUGUUCAUUUUCAUGUUUCAAUUUGAAGGUGUUGAUUACUCUUCUUUGCCCAGUUGACACAAUUCACACGGAAGUCUACUCCUGUCACAAGAUUGGUCAAACAUUGACUCAAAGUGACAGUAUGUUUCUGAUCCUAACUUCAAAUGAUUGCGUUACAGUGCAUCAUAGUCACCUACAAAAAUUAUUGAUGUACUAAAACUGGACUGGAUCCAACAACCUUUUCUUUUUAGACCCAUUGUUUAAAAUGACUGUUGUAGCCUUAUCAGGUAUUAGUCAGUCAGUCAGUCAGUCAGUCACAUCACCAUCCAGGACUCUCUCUGCCUCUAUAGUCAAAGCUUCACACCUUAAGUGCCUAAGCAUGUACAGUCUUGCUUUUUCCUCACCUGUGGGGAAAAAAGGGCUGAUAGUAUGAUGUCUCAGUGUUCUUGAAAAUAUAACACAGCCCUCCCCCAAGCUGUACUUAUAGUUUAUGAAUGGAAAACACCAUAUAUUGAAGUUACAUCUUUGCACAGAUCAGAUUUCAACCACUGAAAAAUCACAAUUAUAACUUCAAUCUUAAUUUUACCCAGGAAUAAACAAUUAAUGAUUUAAUCAAAAAUGCGUGUCCAGUAUGAUGAUGUUUUUACUCAUUUUUGAUUUGUUGAAAUCAGGUCUUGGAAAUUCAGGUCAGAUUUCACUUUGUUUCUUAAAUUUCAAGGUAGAAACCCAAGUUAUUGCUCAGUGGAAUAAUUGAGCUGUUGAUGCCAGAAAAUAAAGAUUUUAACUUGCAAAAAAUUAAUCUUACCUUUGGCGUCUGACAGAUGCUGCAGUAGGCAUAUUUGAUAAGUGGAUUGGACUUUUUAUUUGUCGAGGGACAGAUCUUGAUUCUCACAACAGCUAAAACCUCCAUGGAUUAAUGUAGAAAUACCAUGAUUUCUUUUUCUCCCAAAACCCUGAAUUUGAAAGUGAUUGCAGGAUCAAAACAAUAUUUUAAUGCCUGUGUCUGUCUGUUCAUGCAUGUUUAGUGUGUAUUGUUUGUGUAUCUUACAGAAGACCCCUGGCCCGGGGGCUUACGAGCCCUGCUGGAAGUUGGAUAACCGUCUGAGCACAGAGGUCGUUGAUCCCUCGUUCAGCCUCCACUACCGCAACAUCUAAUGCAGACUUCCCACACCGCCUGGUUUCCAUCUGUGUAACGUAGGCCUAUACCUGAUAUUACAGUUAAAAUAAAAUAUGCAGGUGAAAUGCA